AUGGGUCCCAAAUUAGCUAUCGCCACGUUAUUGUACUCUGCAGAUUAUUUACCAGGGGUAUUCACUCUUGGUUAUAAGAUUAAUCUACUGUUGCAACAAGCUCGUGUACAGGAUAAAUUCACAACAUGUUUACUGAUUACUAAAUCGCUUUACCAGGACGUUCUUUGUGAACAAACUAAAUUCCUCCUUUCAUCUCUAUUCUCUGAAAUAAUUCAAAUUGAUGCCUUGAAUCAUACGAAUUUCAUCAUUGCCAAUAAUAAUGACAACUUGACCCUUUUGCAAAGACCAGAAUUAUCAUUCACCUUAGUGAAAGCUCGUUUAUGGGAAUUGACUCAAUUCGAUCAGGUAUUAUACUUGGAUGCAGACACCUUACCCAUGAGUAAUGACUUCCUAACCAUCUUCCAUCUAAUGUCAGAACAAAAGCAAAACCAACUUGGUGCUGUCCCCGAUAUCGGCUGGCCCGAUAUGUUCAACAGUGGUGUCAUGAUGCUUAUACCAAACAAGCAGAUCGCUUCCGAACUGCAAUUGUUCAUCGUUAAUGAAGUAUCCAUCGAUGGUGCAGAUCAAGGUAUCUUGAAUCAAUUCUUUAACCCCAAUUGUGCUCCCGAGGACAAGAGAUAUGCAUUCCCAAGAGAAUGGGUAAGAUUACCAUUCCUUUUCAACGUGACGACCCCUAAUCAUGGAUAUCAAUGUCCACCCGCUAUGAAAUACUUCUCUGAUAGAAUAAAAUUGGUUCAUUUCAUUGGUACUAAUAAACCUUGGAGAGUUGGUUUUGAAAAUGAAUAUGCUUAUCAAUGGAAGGAAAUGCAUGAUGAAUUCAAUGAAGAGUUUGUUCCAGCCCAUCAAUUGGCUAAUUUCCAUCUAAAUGAUGAGCACUUUGAGGACAAUUCUCAAAAUGUGCAAGUGCAACCAGAGUAUCAUGAAGAAUUUAAUGAUAAUAACGCUAAUGAUAAUAACCAGGAUUACGUUCAAGAAAGCAAUGACUAUAUUAAUAAUGAUAAUGACAAUUACACUAAUCCACCAGAACCAGAAACUGAAAACCAAUACCAGCCAGAACAGGCACAGCAACAACAACCCCAAGAGCAAGAGCAAGAACAGGAGCAAGAGCAAGAAUAUCAUGAACCUGAGCCACCAAAGGAACCACUUCCCCUGGAUUUCAAAGAAUGGUUGACGACCUUCAUUAACAAGGAUGUGCCACGCGAAGAUGUACCUAUCGAUGAAAUCCCCGAGGAUUCAGCGACAGAGGAUAUUGAAGAUAUGGAGGAAGAAGUCAUUGAUACCGAACAGGUUGAGGAAGAUGUAAGAGAGGAUGAAGUGCAAGAAGAAGAACGUAGAAUAAGAAGUCCAACACCUGAACCGGUAGUUAUUCCAGUUGAAGAGACUGAAAUUAAGCCAGACGAAACUGUAAAGUCCGUUGUUGAUUCUGAAGACAAAAAGGUUGAAACCUCUUCCUCUACCACAAACGAUAAACAAGAUAAAGAAAAGGAAGAGGAACAGAAAGGAGAUGAUGUUCCUAAUUUCAAGUUCGACUGGGAAAGUACAGAUUAUCUUUCUCAUGUUGAAAGAAGCUUCCCUGACAGCAUUUUCGAGUAUUCAGUGGAAGAGUAA